AUGGCUAUUACAGGAAGAGAUAUAGAUCGAAUCAAAGGUCCAUGGAGCCCCGAGGAAGACGACAAGCUCCAGCGCCUCGUCGAGAAGCACGGCCCGCGGAACUGGUCGCUGAUCAGCAAGUCGUCCCGAGCUCAAUUAGAACGAUCAUCAUCAUCAUCAUCACGAGCUGAAUUCUUCUUCUGUUCUCAAAUAGUAUCAUCCAUGAAACCCUUCUUCCACACCAUUAUUUUCCUGCUGCCCUACAGGAACGGACAGCUACAGAAGAUCCAGAUAGAUCAAUUAGCUUUUGCCUAUACUAGGUUUUUUUCUCCUUUCUUGGUGAACAGUCUUCCUCAUACUAUAAUUAGGUCAUGA